AAGUUCCGAACCCUUUGAGCUUCUCGUCUUUGACAGAAAUAUCUCUCUCUCUCUCACACACACACACGCUGCAGUGCAAUCAAAUGGAAGACAUUGAAGAUUUACUUGCGGGUGCCGGCGCCGGAGUGCCUCCAGGGUUCCGGUUACCGGUUCCGGCGGCCGUUGGAGUCAAUCCAAAACAAAGGAAAAAGAAUGGUGUAACGAAUAAGCUAACAGUAGUGCAAGACUCACCUGCACCCAAAAUACCUGGCACUCAGACUAUUUACAUCAAGACUUUUGGAUGUUCUCAUAAUCAGAGUGAUUCCGAGUAUAUGGCCGGUCAGCUUUCAGCUUUUGGUUAUGCUCUGAGUGAUAACCCUGAUGAGGCAGACCUGUGGAUGAUAAAUACCUGCACAGUCAAAUCUCCUAGUCAAUCUGCCAUGGAUACUCUUAUAAGUAAAGGCAGAAGUGCGAAAAAGCCAUUGGUCGUAGCAGGUUGUGUCCCUCAAGGAAGCCGUAACCUGAAAGAGCUAGAAGGAGUUAGUAUAGUAGGAGUUCAGCAGAUUGACCGUGUGGUUGAAGUUGUGGAAGAGACUUUGAAAGGUCAUGAAGUUCGGCUUCUAACCCGGAAGACAUUACCAGCACUUGAUCUUCCAAAGGUCCGAAAGAACAAGUUUGUUGAGAUUCUUCCAAUAAAUGUUGGUUGUUUAGGUGCUUGUACGUAUUGCAAGACGAAGCAUGCCCGUGGUCAUUUAGGAAGUUACACAGUUGACAGCCUUGUGGGCCGAGUCAAAAAUGUCAUUGCUGAUGGAGUGAGAGAGAUCUGGCUGAGUAGUGAAGACACUGGAGCUUAUGGUCGCGACAUUGGAGUUAAUCUUCCUAUUCUAUUGAACGCUAUAGUUGCAGAGCUUCCUUUGGAUGGAAGUACAAUGCUCCGAAUUGGGAUGACCAAUCCUCCUUAUAUUCUCGAGCACCUGAAGGAGAUAGCUGAUGUCUUACGUCAUCCAUGUGUGUACACUUUUCUUCAUGUGCCAGUUCAGUCGGGUAGUGAUUCAGUCUUGAGUGCAAUGAAUCGUGAAUACACUGUGGGUGAGUUCAGGAAGGUGGUGGAUACAUUGAUGGAACUGGUCCCUGGGAUGCAGAUUGCGACGGAUAUUAUUUGUGGAUUUCCUGGUGAAACCGAUGAAGAUUUUGCUCAAACCGUUGACCUUAUUAAGGACUACAAGUUAGCUCAAGUUCAUAUAUCACAGUUCUACCCUAGGCCUGGCACUCCUGCUGCAAGAAUGAAGAAGGUCCCUAGUAAUGUGGUGAAGCAACGAAGCCGUGAGUUAACCACAGUAUUUGAGUCCUUUACUCCAUAUACUGGAAUGGAAGGCAAAGUAGAGAGGAUAUGGAUUACUGACAUAGCUUCAGAUGGAAUUCAUUUGGUGGGUCACACUAAGGGAUACAUUCAGGUGCUGGUGAUUGGUCCAGAAAGCAUGCUGGGUGCCUCAGCUAUGGUGAACAUAACAUCCAUAGGUAGAUGGUCAGUCUUCGGAGAAGUGAUCGAGAUCCUCAGCCAAAUUAAUAAGGAAGUUGGUUCACAUAAGAGAGUUGAUGAGAAGUGCUCCCCAUGCGCCAAUUCAGAAGAAGCUUGCGCCUGUUCAAAAGAGCAAGAACCCGGUUCUUCUUGUGGAACAACUAGUUGCUGCAGUCAAAGUCCAAUGCAGGAAACAACAGCACUGCUGAAGAAUGAACCGGAGCAAGAUGAUCAAGGUAGCAGAAACUUAAUUGGAUGGUUUCUAAGGAAUCGUAAGAAUCAUUCUUCCGAAAAGAUGGACUUUGCCGGGUCAGAGUCCAAGGAGAAGAAGCAAAUACAGGAUUUAGGUCACCAGAGCGCUUGGGGUCCUGUUGAUAUAGCUCUUCUUAGUGGAAUAUUAUUGAGCUUGUUCACAAUAGUAGCUCUAUUUUUUAAUCUUGGAUCUAGGAGUUUGACAUCUAAGUAAAUCAGUUUUGUCUCCUUUAUUUUCGCCAUUACACAGAGAGGCCAAAUGCGCUUAAUCGUCCAAGAGUUUGACAUUGUGGUUUGUCGUAUGAACGACUAAUAUGAUGGCUUUUGUGUGCUAUAUACACUUUGCUAUAGUAAUAGUAAUUUCUCUGUGCUGUUUUUUUCU